AUGUCUAUGAGUGGUGCAGAAGGGGAGCGGGAGCCGGAGCCAGAGCCAGAGCCAGUACGGGAGUAUACUCCAGCAGGACGAGCUCUGAAAGCAAACUCUAAACUUCGUGCUAGACAAAAAGAACUGCUAGCUCAGAGAAAUGCAAUUGAAACAUCUGGUCGCACAGGGGGACUGUCUUUGCCUGAGUCACUUCGUCAACCUCCUUCAUCCAAUGCUCAAGAUGAAAAUCAAAUGGCACAAAUGGUUCAGCCUAUUACAGAAAAGGGUUCGACAAAGGAGUUGGUGGAUUACAGAUGUGGUGAAACAUUGGAAACAAUGAAGAGCAAGGUUGGCUCAUCCCUAAGGUUGGGCAUGAUGUCAAAGCGUAAACUUGGUGGUCAACUCGAUGUUCCUCUUAAACCUCUUGGCCAUCAUUCUCUUGACAUUUACCUACCAAGUCACCAUUUACAGGAGACAAGCCAUACAAAUCUGGUACCCAACAGCAACUUGUUACCAGUUCUUGGACUGUGUGCUCCUAAUGCCAAUCAAAUAGAAUCAUCACAGAGGAACUUUCCAAGAUCAUACAGCCGAAGAAGCAGGCAGGGAGUGGGGCCAGAGUUCCCAUUCCAUAUAGCUCCUUGCUCUGGGACUGCAAAUGAGAUGGAUGUUAAAGGUCAUGACACUAUCUUAGCCAAGUUUAAACUGCCAGAUUUUUCAUCUGAGGCUUUGUCACAGCAGCCAAAUAAUAGCAUCCCUGACAAUUAUCUCCAGUUUACAUCCUUCAGUUACUUCUCAAGGAAAGGGUCCGAUCGCAGGGAAAAUUUUAGCACUACUUUCUCUGAUUUUCAAGAAAAGAUGGCAUUGCCCAAAUUACCAUUUGAUGAGAAAUUUCUGCCAAGAUACCCAUUUGCAGCUAGAAAUUUGCCCCCUCCACCACCAGACUUGUUUCCAAGCUUGUCACUGGGGUCUAAAUUUAAAGAUGCAAAUGAACCUAGUCAAGACCUUCCUACAAUGCCGUUGUUGCCAAAUUUGAAACUUCCACAGCAAGAUGCAUCAAAAUAUGGCCAGCAAGAGGGGGAAAUGCCUCCUCCCAUGUUGGGUUUGGGUCAGAUGCCAACCACGUUUCCAUCAAUUCCUGAAAAUCAUAGGAAGGUUCUUGAGAACAUAAUGAUGAGAACUGGUUCUGGAUCAAGCAGCAUUUUCAAAAAGAAAUCGAAAAUGGAUAUCUGGUCUGAGGAUGAACUUGAUUUCCUCUGGAUUGGGGUUCGUAGAUAUGGAAAGGGCAAUUGGGAUGCCAUGCUUCGAGACCCAAGGUUGCAUUUUUCCAAAUUUAAAACUGCAGAUGAUCUAUCGGCAAGGUGGGAGGAGGAGCAACUCAAGGUCUUGGAUGGGACAGUUCCAAAACCAUGUAAGCCCACGAAAUUUGCUAAAUCUCCUUUAUUUCCAGACAUCUCUGACGGGAUGAUGACACGGGCAUUGCAUGGAAGUAGAUUUGGUGGGCCACUGAAAUUUCAAACCCAUCUGACAGACAUGAAAUUGGGUUUUGGUGAUCGUCCAUCUAGCUUGCCAUGUUUAGAACCAUCUGAUCAACUUGGUUUCCGCAAUGAGCGUUUCUCACCGAUUCCAAAUUGGAAUUCUGACAAGUAUCAGGCAAAUUUUGCUGGAGACUCCUCUGCUGGACCCUCAGAGAGACCUGGGACUUCUUCAAAAAUACACAUUGAGCAACCAUUUCUGUUGAAUUCGUUUGGAGGUAAUAGCUUGAGUUCUCUUAAUUUGAAUUGCCCAAGCAGCUUUGAUUUACGACAAAAAGAGGACGAACAGUGUGGGAGUAAGUCUGGGAAAUUGCCAAGUCAUCUUGACGGAUCUCUCAAUUUUUUGCGGGAUUUCCAUAAUAAUAUAGGAAGUCGUGGGUUUACCAGUUCUGGAUUGCUAACUGAUUCUAUUAAGGAACAGGAUGUUCCCCAACCAAAGGGGAAAAUUGAGGUUGCUGGAAAUAGUUCUUCAAAUAACAAGCUGCCUCAUUGGCUUCGGGAAGCUGUAAGUGCUCCUGCAAGACCCUCAGAACCUGAUCUACCACCAACUGUCUCGGCAAUAGCACAAUCAGUUCGCUUGUUAUAUGGGGAAGAGAACUCCACCAUUCCUCCUUUUGUAGUUCCAGGUCCUCCUCCUCCCCAACCAAAGGAUCCACGACGGAGUUUGAAAAAAAAGAAGAAACAGAGGUCACAUUCACUCAGGCCACUUCCACAAGAUAUUGCUGGAACCAGCCAUAGCUUGCAAAGCAGCCUCCAUGGUGACAAUGUAGUAGUGUCAACCUCUGUUCCGCUGAUCCCAUCGUUUCCUUUGCUUCCACAAUCAGCAGCUGAAGCUUCAGGAGAUCCUCAGAUCGAACCCAACCAUAGUAUGAUGAGCCCAUCGUCCUCAUCCGUGUUUCCAAACCCACAUAAAAAAACAAGCUAUGGAUUGUCCCCCUCGCCGGAAGUGCUGCAAUUGGUUGCGUCCUGUGCUGCAUCCAGUCCAGUCCCUGGGGUAACAAGUUCAGGCCUCCUUGAAAGCAAGCUACCUCUGCCAAAAUCUGUUGAUGAAGGAGGAUCAGACUCCCAAGACGCAUGUGGACAACAGAAGGCCAAGCAGAGCUCGCCUCUUGGUGUGUGGUAUCCGCUUCCAGAGGAAAAAGUUGACCUGACAGAUAGUGGGGAUUCAAGCAAGACUCAUUCGGAUCCUGCUCGGCCACCACAGCCUGAUGUAGAGGAAAUAUCAUCAGAGGGGACAGUGUCGGACCAUCGUGCAAGCGACCAUGAAUGAUAGCCUUAAAAUGUCAGUUAAAUGGAAGGUGGUUAUUCUUCUUGCUAUUAAAGUUUCAGGCCCUUAGCCUAUGUGCUGGAAUUUUUGUAGUCAUGAUGGAGCGAGUGUUUCACUAGCAAGUAUAGGAUAAUUUUGAACACCUAUUAUGUAAAGCUUUUGGAAGAGAGAAUUGAAAUAUAUAGUAUCACCCCUAUGGUAUUGCUGCCUUCUUAUCUAACCCAGGCAUUUUGGCUUUUGGUUCCUUUUGUUUUUGUUUUUGUUUUUG